AUGUCUGGUGAAGCUGCUACGUUGCUACCCAGGAAGGUCAGCCUUCGCGUUCCGGCGACGACGGCAAACAUCGGCCCCGCCUACGACACCCUCGGCAUGACGCUCUCCAUCUUCAUGGAGCUGACGGUGGAGUUGGCGGAAACCUUCUCCAUGACGGUGACCGGCGAGGGCCAAGAGUACAUCAGCACCGGCGAGGACAACAUGGUGGUGCAGACCUGUCGAAUCGCGUUCGAGGAGUACGCGCACAAGAGCAUGCCGCCACUGAAGUUCACCAUGCACAACAGCAUACCGUACAAGUGCGGCUGCGGCUCGUCCUCGGCGGCGGCGGUGGGGGGGUUCGUGGCGGGCAUGACGCUCUCCGGCCUCACAAUGGAGACACAGAAUAGCGAGUCGCUGCUCUCCGCCAUCUCGGAGAUCGAGGGCCACUCCGACAACGCUGCCCCGGCCAUCUACGGCGGCAUCCAGCUCGUCUACAAGAAGGACGAUGGUAGGGUCAUGACCUACCACGUGCCCACCCCGCCGAACCUCUCUAUCGUGCUUUUCGUGCCGCAUAAGCUCAUGAAGGCCAGCACCCACGUCACCCGUGACUUAGUACCGACGACAGUGUCGCUCCGCGACGCCGUUCACAAUAUCUCCAGCACAGCCAUUUUGACUCUGGCCCUCUCGACCGGCGACCUGCGGAUGCUCAAGGACGCGAGCGACUGCCUUCACGAACAGCAACGCUCCGGCAAGCUGUACCCGCACUACAGUCCGUGCGCGAAGGCCGCGCGCGAGGCCGGUGCUGUGCACGCCUUUCUGUCCGGCGCGGGCCCGAGCGUGUGCGCCAUGGUUCCUGGCCGCCACGGUGAUCUUCUCACCCAGCCGAUGGGAGAGCGCAAGGCCGAGGUAGUGGCGGAGGCAAUGGUGAAGGCGGCGGAGGCCGUUGGUGUGCAGGGGCGGGUGAUUAUUACAAUGCCAUCCGACCUCGGUGUGCACCUCUCUGGCACUACCUGCAUCCAUCCGAACAUCCAGUACACCAGCAUCUGA